AUGGCGUCGUCCGAUAUGGAGUCCUGGUCAGAUGGCGACAGGUAUUCUGACAUUUCCAUUAGCGACUUACCGGAAGUCCGCCCGCAUCCUCCCCGGUACCUCUUUAACAACGCGGCUGAAUUUGCGGAGAGACAUGGCAAUGGAACCCAGACGGAGUUCGUUUGGGAGAAGGCGGGGAUCAAAAGCUUCAACAAGAAGUUGCAAGUAUUUUACGCUUGGCCAAUCGUCAUUCUUCACGACGAUGGUCUCAACAGAGACAUACUCUUCCUGGUUCAGACUGGACCAGAUGAUUCGAUGCUACCCAAGGAGGGGGAGAAUUGCACAAUGAAGUUUCCACGGCCCAAGUACAGCUACAAUGAAGAUGACGGACCAAAAAAGUUCUCUCGGAAUACUCGCUUUCUUUGCAGACCAGCCAGUCGCGUGGAUAAUCCAUGUUCAUUUUGGGGAGUCAAGGACGACUACUGGGAAAGGUGCAUGGCGUUUGAGGUCACCGUUGCAACGAAGACAUCACUCCCGUGCGAGACGAUCAUAAGCCCCAAAAUUGCCGAUCAAGACUUUUCUAGGAUUCCUCGGCCGAAGAGCCUUGAAGUUCCCAUCACCUUCGAGCUUCGGGUGUCCAACUCUACGAAAGAUGCGGAGCUCAAUGCCCUUAACAAGUUUGUUGAGACCUUGGGCCCUAACACAGCGAACUUUUCACCAGCAAUGAAUUAUCGCAGAGCUGCUUUCAGGUUCCUUCUGGACUUCAGGCCAACGAGUCACUCAUCUCUGUUUCGGACAUUUCCUCACCUGGCAGAUCCCUUUCGAAGACCAGAUGCUGUCCCCAAGGAGCUGAUGAGAAUGCUCGAAGCAAUGAACACCCAGCAGAAAGCAGCAUACAAAAACGGGCUUUCCGAGAUUCCGAACCGCAUUUGCUUUGUGGCUGGUGGACCUGGGGCAGGCAAGCACGAAUUGGUAAUUCAAGGAAGCCCGACGCCAUCGCGGAACCAAGUCCUCUACCUCAUCGACAUUAAUCGCAGCGCAACUGACGUCGCUAACAAGCUAUUUGAGAUGUUCAAAAAGUUGGGACUCAAGCGUAAUGUCAUCCGCAUGUAUUGUUGGAGCGACGAAAUGAACUCAACUACUCAGAAUCUGCUGGAAACUCAGAAACAGGAACUUUACUACCGCAUCUCACGCAAAGAGCAGGGAGAGACCUCUGAGGACAAGGAUGGUCCACUGGCCAAGUACGACAAAGAGGCAGACAAUAGCAGCGAAAUGCAACUUCGAAAACUCAGUCUCCCAAUUAUGAGGACAGGGCCUCGCUCAAAAUCUCACUACAAGGAUGAAAAGGCGAACCGCACGGCUCCAACGCUUGAAGAAGCGGUCAUGGCGUUCUAUGAGGAACACAAGGACACCUCGUACAUCGACCUCCAGAACCUCUCGUGUGUCAGAAACGGCGACCUAGAGGCUUUGAGGAAUCAUCUUGUCGGGCAGGUUUAUCAUGAUUUCCUCAAAGUCGUAGAUGUUGUUGUCACGACGCCCGUCACGGCGGCAAAGUUCUCGCGCUCACUCCAAAAGUUCGAUCCUAAGUUGGUGAUCUUUGAUGAAGCACCACAUGCUCGGGAGCUCUCAAUUAUGAUACCAAUCGCAAACUUCAACCCUGUAGCAUGGAUAUUCACCGGAGAUCAUCGCCAGACGAAGCCAUAUGGAUCAAGGCCCAACAUCAAUAAACAUGUCCUGCAGCUCAGGACCUCAACAAUGGAGCGGGCGUUCAACAGCAAUCCGAAUAUGACUUCGCUCCUUAUAAAUCAUCGUGCAAGAGGAAAUCUCCAUGAGCCGGCUUCGACCAUGUUCUACGGCUCCAAAAUGAUACCAGCAAUCAGACCAGGGGCCCCUGGAGCCAUCCCACCGAGUACUGAGUACCUCCGCCAGAAGUACAUUAUGGCCAUGAAGAACAAUAAGGGCCCCCAAGUCUCCCGCUUGGUUACUGUUCUAGAAUACGCCGAGUUUGACCGCGAACAGAGCAGAGUUCAAGGCAGUCUGUUUAACCGGGCCCACCAGGACUGGGUGGAAAGAUUAGUCAUUAAGCUGAUCAAGGAUCCGAUGUUCGUACAGACGAACCACCGAGAUCGGGGAACGAUCCUCAUCAUGUCCCCCUACAAGCGGGCAGUCCUCGAAUACAGGAAGAUGAUCAACGACCAGAGGAGAACCCCCUCAGGUCUCUACGGUUGCGUCGUAGAAGCCCGGACGGUGGACACAUCACAGGGCCACGAGGCGGACGUGGUAAUUCUUGACUUCGUCAGCGACUGGGUCACUAAUCAUCUGCAGGACCCAAAUCGUCUAUGCGUUGCGUUGACACGGGCGAGACAGGCCGAGUUCAUUCUCUUACAUACGGACUUGGAGGACAAGCUGGAGGGUCUCGGCCAGUUCGCGAAUGGGCCCUUGGCUGAAAUGUUGGAGCAUUGCAAAGAUGCUGGAGAGUUCGUCCGUAUUGUCAAGAGAACCCCAAAUGCGGUUGGGAUUUCUAAGAGUCUCGGGAUGCUUCCCUACAGGCCUAAGAAUUAG